AUGCAAGGUGGCUUAACACCUGAGCAAGCCGAUGUCCAGGGAUUCAAAGACAUUUUGAAUGUCACGAUUGUGGGGGCGGGGCUAGCAGGUCUGGCCGCCGCCAUCUCCUGUGCUCUAGCAGGACACACUAUCACAGUAUUCGAGGCAGCCAAAGAACUGGCCGAGAUUGGUGCGGGACUCCAAAUCACCCCCAACGCCUCGAAGUUGUUGCAACAAUGGGGCCUGGAAGAUGCGGUUAAAGCCUGUGCUGCCGUCCCGACCGUUCUGGCUGUGCACCGAUACACGGACGGCAAGAUGCUGGCCGAAGAAAGGGGCUUUGACAAGAACCUUCAGCGGAAAUACGGUCUCCCGUUCUUUGACAUCCACCGAGUUGAUCUGCAGAGGAUAUUGUACCACAAGGCUGUCUCGUUGGGAGUGGACGUGCAGCUUGAUUGUCGAGUGUCCCGGGUUGAGCGCACGACAACAGGGCCAAAACUGAUCUUCACAUCUGGUCGAGAAAUUCAGAGCGACCUGGUCGUGGGCGCCGACGGGUUGUGGUCAAAGUGCAGAGAGAGCAUGUUGAACACAGCGGACCAACCACUACCGACUGGAGACUUGGCCUACAGGAUUGUCCUGCACCUUGACAAGAUCACCGAUCCCGAAUUGAGGGAAUGGAUCGCCAACCCGCAGGUUCACUUCUGGAUCGGCCCCUAUUCACACGCUGUGGCAUACUCGAUCAGAUGUGGCACCAUGUACAACAUCGUGCUGCUGUGCCCGGAUGAUCUCCCACAGGGACUCUCACGAACGACGGGCUCGGUCGACGAGAUGCGGGCUCUCUUUGCCGGGUGGGACCCCAUCCUCACUCGGUUCCUCGAGCAGGUCGAGCAGGUCGACAAGUGGAAGCUGAUGCACCGCGAGGAGCUGGCGUCGUGGACGAACACGGAGAAGAACUUCGUCCUGCUCGGCGACUCCUGCCACCCCAUGCUCCCGUACCUGGCACAGGGAGCGAAUUCGUCCAUCGAGGACGGUGGCGUCCUAGGGAGACUGCUGUCGUACGUCACAUCCAGAGAGCACUUGUCGUGGGCGAUCACACUGUACGAGUGUCUUCGCAAGCCGCGCAGCGAGAGGAUCGCCCGCGAGACGUUCCAUCAGAGAGAGGCAUUUCAUAUGCCUGACGGUCCUGAACAGCAACGACGGGACAAGGUAUUUGAAUCUGAAUUGGGUCGAGAGAUAUCGAGCAAAUUUCCGAGCCGUUGGUAA